AUGCCUGCAAGCAAGAUCUACUCCCGCCUCGAGCUUGGCUUUUCAAAAACCUACCCAGCUAUCGAAUUUCGCCCCAGUCAAAUCCAUGAAGUAGAUGACGAGCAUGGCGACGAAGCCGAAGAGGACACCAAAUUCAACGAUCCAAGUCUCGACUGGUCUCGGUUCUUGGAUUCGGCGCACACUUCAAGUAGGAUCAUGAGCGACGGAUGUGCCCGAAUUUCCGUCGCAGCUGCAACUUUGAUAUCAAAGUAUAUUGGCACAACAGAAUCUGUGCCUAGCGCCUUCCAAGGGAGGAUAGGCAACGCCAAGGGGCUUUGGCUCAAAUCCGUUGAUCCUGAGAGAGAUGAAAAAGACCCAAUCUGGAUUGAGACAACCGCGUCGCAGAGGAAAUUUGUGCGUCACGAGGAGGACCAGGAUGAUGCUCAUUACGAUAGCCACCGUACCACAUUCGACCUUCUGACUUGGUCAGAUCAACUCGCCUCUUCGCAAAUGAGCGUUUCACUCCUCGGGAUUCUUCACGACAGAGGUGUCUCCAAGUCGUCUAUCGCGCAGCUUGUCCGCGCUCAAAUGGACUUUGAGAAAAAUCUGUUUUUCGAUGCGCUUGAAGACCCAGCUUCCCUCCUGAAAUGGAUAUCAGCAAAGCUUCCUGGAGCAUCACCAGAUGGCGAUCCUUCCUCGUUACAAGCAAGCAUGCCUAAACUGCGCUCUGAGCGAAUCGCUCGCCUCGUCAGAGCUGGAUUUCAGCCUUAUACAUGUUACUACCUCUCUGAUCUCAUCAACAAAGGCUUUUCCGACUGGCUAAACCGCCUAGGCAACAAACUGGAGAUCCGAAUACCUCAUUCGACAUCUGCAUUCGGCGUAGCUGAUUUCCAACACGUCCUCAAGCCAGGGGAGAUAUUUCUGUCAUUUUCACGCGUCCUACCCGACGUAGAACUCCCAUACUUGUAUGAGAGAGAUGUACUCGUUGCUCGAUACCCUAUGCACCGACCAUCCGAUGUCCAAAAGGUUCGCGCUGUCUACCGUCCUGAGCUCGCCUCGAUUCAAGACGUUGUCGUUUUUUCGGCUCGUGGUGGCUUUCCACUUGCCGAAAAGCUCUCCAACGGAGACUACGAUGGUGACAGGUACUGGAUUUGCUGGGAACCUUUGCUUGUACGGGAUUUCAAGAACGCGCCCCCUCCGGAUACGGUUAAACCAGAACUCCUGGGCAUUCACAUCGAAUCAGAGCCUGUUUCGGGCGUUGGGGGGGCCGACGGCCUUCUCAGAAAAUCCUUUGAUUUACGAAUCUCUGAGAAUAUGCUUGGUCUUUGUUCAAAUUAUCAGGAGAGGUAUGCGUACGGGACAAACAAUCUCAGAACGCCCGAGAUGGCCCUGCUAUCAGACCUGCGGGACUGUCUAGUUGAUGGGCCAAAGAAUGGGUACCGUUUCACCAAGAAAGACUGGUACAGCUUCUUGAAUCGCAGAGAAUACCCCUGGAAGUUGAACGAGCCAGCGUACAAGCAGCCGAUUGAGAAAGCGAUUUGGUAUAAAGAAGGGAACAUCAUCGACUACGUGAAGUUCGCAGUCAUGAGGGAAUCCUUGCGGGAUUUCAAGACUGAGGUGGAUGAACGCCUUCAACACGUGCCAAGUGAGGAUGAGAACCUAUCCGGUCUUUAUACAGCCAGGUACCGCAGCUCGUGCAACGAGGAGGAUGAUGAAGUCAGAGAAGAGCUCGGGAAACUCGCCGAAAAUCUGAUCACACUUGUUUCUGGUUGGAAAGAGAGGCGUUUUAGAAAGGGCGGCCGGACCGAAGGCUACGAUGACGACAUUGAGCAAGCGUAUCUCGAGUAUCGGCAAAUCACUCCGAGGAACACGACUCACCCAGUCGUGGCCAGUUGGAUGGACCGAGCUGUGUCGAACGGAUUCACGACCUGGGAUCUCCUCAAAGCCUCAGCGCUACAUGUUAAGAUUGUUGACCAGAAAAUGUCGCACUUUGUUUUUUCUUUGGCUGGCCGUGAAUUACUCUUCAUGAAAGCGCUUGCAGUCGAUCCAAAUACGCAAUUUGUCACGUCGAACAUCAUGACCACGCUGAAGGUCAAGAGGCCGCGAAAUACUGGGAACAAGCCAUAA